AGUCAGCCAUAUCAACACGUCUGCUCUGACGUCAUAUGAAAACAUCGUAUAGAUAUUGUGCAACCAAUCACAAUGCGCUUUGCUAUUGUUCAAACUCAAAUGACAUGCAAUUGUAUAAUAAGCGAUGACGCCAAUACAAAAUUUUCACACCCUAACACUCGACUUCACGUUGACUUCGACGCAACUACUAGCGUGAGCCAUGACUAUUAUACUCAUCCAAAAACACAGAUUCAGAGAAGAAUUACCAGCUGGUAUAACCUGGAAUCCAACAACAAGAAAACUAACCGUCGAUGAUAGCUAUACUGUGUUAACGAAUGAUAAAAUGGUAUUGGAAGAACGGCAAACAACAAACAAUGGACAAAGGAACGCUCUUCAAGUGAACAGCGCUGAUGACAUUGAAGAAAUAAGAUCUUUGAUUCUGAGCAAGCCUGUAAUAACGACAGUAAAGUAUGACUCAGUGAAAUGUCUGGUGAUUGUCAAUACGUCAAAACUCGAAAUAAACCAGGCGGUUCAAGAAGCUUGCAUUAUGGCCGAAAAGUAUUCGGCGGAAAACAAAAAUUUUUUCAUAACAAUUAAUCUUGAUAAAACGAUCAGUACAUGGUACCAUUUUAGAAUGAUGAAUUUCUGCAAUAACCAGAGCACGUGUCAUGGGGCAAACUUUUAUAUUGCCCACAAUGCCACAGAAAGAUGCUAUUUUGCUCGAGAAUACAUCGACUGCGACCGGACGCAAGGAUUAUGUUGCUGGUGGUGGUGUCUUCCUACCUGCCUUCUAAUUGGUUGUCCCUACAUAAUAUAUCGUCAUUGUGUAAAAGGAAUCACCGAUGUUAAAAUUGCCCCAGAUAUGAGAGUCUUCUUGGGCAGUGCUGGUGACUUCGAAGAUCUUUUACGGUGCUAUCGAGUACCUUCGUGGAAGUGUCUAACAAACUACCGCGAAUCUAGUUCGACUACACAGCCAUCGCGAUGACCCCAUUCUGUAACCACAUAUCUAUAAAAAAAAUUAUUGUUUCUUUAAAAAUCAAGAGUGUGCUGCUAGGAUGAAGAUGGUAGAUUUAAAGUAAUUUUCCUAAAAAAUAACGUAGCUAUUCACUUCCAGCUCCAACAUUUAUUGUGAUUUAAUAAGUAUAGAAGGCGUAAGUUAAAAGAUAGCAAAACUCAAUUCCGUAAAUAUAGUGUUUAUUCUGUAGUGCUUGCAUGCCAACAAAGACUUCGUAUCCUUGAAUGUAAGAUUAACAACUUCAUAAAAUUAAGAACGUAAAUCUGAUCAUGUUUGUUUUGAUUAAACCUGAAAAACGUU